AUGGACCAGCCAUCGCCCGCCGACGGCUACUACAAUCUGGGGGAUUACCGACGGAAUGUGAGCACCACAAAUGAAGAAGCCCAACUCUGGUUUAGUCGGGGUCUGAUUUGGGCGUACGCUUUCAAUCACGAGGAAUCCGUCCGGUGUUUCGAGAAAGUCGUCGAGCUGGACCCGACAUGUGCGAUGGGAUACUGGGGUAUAGCCUUUUCCCUGGGGCCGAACUAUAACAAGCCGUGGCAGCUGUUCGAUGGACAAGAUCUCUCAGCUACCACGACUCGCGCUCAUCGCGCGAUCCUAGAGGCGAAAAAACACGCUCCCGCCGUGACGCCCUUGGAAAAUGCUCUAAUCGGUGCUUUGCAGCACCGAUAUCCGCAGGAACAGCCUGUAGACGACUGUACAGAGUGGGAUAAGGACUAUGCCGAGGCUAUGACAUCGGUGUACAAUGAUAACCCGGAUGACCUCGAUGUGGCCGCGCUGUACUGCGAUGCGCUUAUGAACCUGACACCAUGGGGUAUGUGGGAUAUGGUGACGGGUGAGGCAGCGCCCGGCGCGAAAACCUUCGAAGCAAAGGAGGUGCUAGAUCGAGUUCUCGAGAACGAUGACUCGCUCGAGCAUCCCGGUAUCCUGCACCUCUACAUCCAUCUCAUGGAAAUGUCUCCGACACCGGAAGUCGCCCUGCCGAUAGCUGAAUAUCUGCGCGGUCUGGUCCCCGACGCAGGUCAUCUAGAGCACAUGCCGUCUCAUAUCGAUAUUCUAUGUGGAGAAUACAAACGCGCCGUCACGGCCAACGCCUCUGCAAUCCGCGCAGACGAGAAGUUCCUCGCGAACCAGCCUCUGGGCCAUACCUAUAACGUCUACCGCGCACACGACUAUCACUUCCGGAUGUACGCCGCCAUGCUCGGCGGCCGAUCAAAGAUUGCACUAGAGACAGGCGCCGAGCUAGCGCGCAUCAUCACCGAGUCCCUCCUGCGCAUCGAAUCCCCGCCAAUGGCCGACUGGCUAGAAGGCUUCGUCUCGGUGCAAAUGCACGGCUUCAUUCGUUUCGGUCGCUGGGACGAUAUCAUUGCCCUGAAACUGCCAGCUGAUGCAGAGCUAUACUGCGUCACGACGGCCAUGAUGCACUAUGCGAAAGGCAUUGCGUUCGCCGCUACGAGCCGCGUGCUCGAAGCCGAGGCGGAGCGCGAACGGUUCCUGCGGGCUAUGGAGCGUGUUCCGGCUUCGCGGACGAUCUUCAACAAUCGCUGCGUGGAUAUUCUUCGCGUUGGCGAGGCGAUGCUCGAUGGCGAGAUUGCGUAUCGACGUGGCGAGUACAAUACCGCGUUUUCCUAUCUUCGAGAUGCCGUUAAGCGAGAUGACUCGCUGCCAUACGAUGAGCCAUGGGGCUGGAUGCAGCCCGCUAGGCAUGCGUUGGGGGCUUUACUGCUCGAGCAGGGCUAUGUUGAAGAGGCUGCUGCUGUCUACUCUGCGGAUCUUGGGGUAGACACCUCGCUCCCUCGUGCUUUGAGACAUCCGGGUAAUGUCUGGGCUUCGCAUGGGUAUCAUGAGUGUUUGGUCAAGCUGGGUCGAAAGGGUGAGGCGCGUGCUAUGGGGCCACACCUGAGGAUGAGUCUUGCUUGGGCGGAUGUGCCUAUCAAAUCGUCGUGUUUCUGUCGGCAGAAGACUGGGUGA